GCUUUUUUCAACUUCUUUCUUCUUAAUCUCACUUUUACAUGGAGAAGAGCGAAUUUGCUGAUGAAAAGCCUCCUCAGCUUUCUGAGGACGGCUUUGAUCGCUCCUCUGAUCUGGAAAAGACCUCUAACCACAGCAUCGAAGAUUCUCCUAUUGAGGAAGUGCGCGCAAGUGUGCCACCAACCGAUGAUACCACACUUCCUACCGCCACCUUUCGCGCAUGGUUCUGGGGUAUUGUGUUUUCAGCAGCCAUUUCAUUCAGUAACCAGUUCUUUUGGUUCCGUAAGAACCCUCUUACUAUCAAGGUCCUCGUCGUUCAAUUGCUCGCAUACCCAGCUGGCCGUUUGACGGCAGCUAUCAUGCCUAACUGGCAAUGGACUCUAUUCGGACGCACCUUUUCACUGAACAGCGGGCCUUUCAAUGUCAAGGAACACGUUCUCAUCACCGUCAUGGCCAACGCCGCAGCCACCUCUUUUGAUGCCAUUGAUAUCAUUGUCGUGCAAAAGCUUUAUUACGAUCAGUCAUGGGGAUUCGGAGGCGGUAUUUUGUUGGUUUUGACCACUAGUAUUUUGGGUUUUGCCUUCGCCGGUAUGACCAGACGAUUCUUGGUCCGCCCUGCCUCUAUGGUCUGGCCCAUCAAUUUGGUCAACGCUACUCUCUUCCACACAUUGCAUCGUGAAGUCCCCAAGGCUGUUCGUGAUGCUGAAAAGGCUGUUCGUGGAUUGUCAUGGUCUCGUAACAAGAUGUUCCUAGUGUGCUUUGUCUUCUCUUUCUGCUGGUACUUCUUGCCUGGAUACAUGAUGCCUAUUCUCACAUCCAUCUCUUGGAUCUGCUGGACCAACAAGAACUCAGUCUUGGUUUCUCAAAUCGGUAGUGGCAUGAAUGGCCUUGGUGUUUUGAGUUUCACCCUGGAUUGGAGUACCAUGACCGCUUGGCUUCCCAGUCCUUUGGCCAUUCCAUGGGUGGUCCAAGCUAAUAUGUUGGCCGGAUUUGUUGCCUUUGUAUACAUCAUUGUUCCCGCUGUGUAUUACACAGACUCAUUCGACAGCAAAAUGUUUCCCAUUUACAACACCAACCAGUACGACCAAUGGGGUGGCAAGUACAACCGUUCCAGAAUUCUUACACCUGAGCAAUACCUCAACGAAGCAGCUUAUGAAGAUUAUUCACCUGUGCGCAUCACUGGAUUUUUCGCAAUCUGUUAUGGACAAGGUCUACUUGCCCUUGGAGCUAUUGUCACGCACACUGUUUUGUAUAACGGCAAAGAUGUCUUGGCUCGUCUCCGCUCCGCCAAGCAAGCCAACGACGAUAUUCACGCUCGUUUGAUGGAUGAAUAUGAAGAAGUGCCCGACUGGUGGUAUCUUGUCCUCUUUGUCAUCAUGUUGGCUCUUUCAUUCGUCACCAUCAUUUUGUGGCCAUCCGAUAUGCCAUGGUGGGCUUUGAUCAUCGCUAUCAUUCUCGCUUUCAUCUGGCUUAUCCCUAUCGGUAUCGUUACUGCCAUCACUUCACAACAACCCACCAUCUCCAUGAUUACAGAAUGGGUUUAUGGUGCUAUGAGACCUGGUCAUCCCAUUGGCAACAUGAUCUUCAAGACUUAUGGUUAUCUCGUGUGCAAACAAGCUCUUUUGUUUGCCCAGGAUCUAAAGCUUGGUCAUUACAUGAAGAUCCCUCCCCGUGAAAUGUUUAUCUUCCAAAUUAUCGGUACCAUCAUUGCAUCCUUCGUCUCACUCGGCACCACGCAGUAUCUUAUGGACACCAUCGCCAACAUCUGUACUCCUUCAGCUUAUCCUUUCACUUGUCCCAACGCCAGUUUGUUUGGAGCCAGUUCCGUCAUUUGGGGUUUGAUCGGACCAGGAAAGUUUUUCGAAGCCGGAACUCUCUACAACCCAAUCGCCUACUUCCUUUUGAUUGGUUUCUUGCUUCCUAUUCCAUUCUACUUCCUUGCUCGCAAAUAUCCCAACUCUUGGGUUGCAAAGAUCAACAUCCCAGUUGUAUGCCUUGGUUUGGGACCUUAUCCCCCUGCCCCAACCGCUCUCAUGUCAACAUGGGUCGCCCUAGGCUUUGUGUUCAACUUUUAUAUCAAGAAGAACUUCAAAGCAUGGUGGUCAAAGUAUAACUAUGUUAUCUCUGCUGCAAUGGAUUCUGGUGUUGCUAUCUGUGCCAUCGUUCUGUUCUUUGCUCUCCAAAACAACAACAUUGAAUUCCCAACUUGGUGGGGUAACAACCCUGACUCAAUAGAUCAAUGCCCAUUGGCAACGGCUAACUGGUCUGGCGUGGACGUGUACGCCUAAAUGACUGGAAAGUCCUACCUAAAAAGUCCUAUAUACUUAUUACGUUUGUAGAUAAUACCUCCAUAUUACAGAUCAUACUGUACAAUAAAUAUCAUAUAAUAUUACAUCAAUCACAU